AACCCGGCCACCCCAGACACCGCGGGGGCCAUUGACGCCACGGAUCAGGUGAUGCCGCGCUCCCGACCACAACGCCGCGAGUGAGCCGGGCUACCUGCAACGCCGCCGGGCUUUCCUCUUCCUCCCCGUCCCUCCUCCUCUUCCUGCAGCUGCUCGAGGAGAGCCCGACCACGGGGCGAGGGGAUGGCUUCCAACGGCAUCUUCGAUUCCUUCGCCGCCUACUCCUCCACUUUCCUGCGCGACCCGAGCACCAGCAGGCGCUUCACACCCCCCUCCACGGCGUUCCCCUGCGGUAAGAUGGGAGAGAACAGCGGGGCGCUGGGGGCCGCCGCCGCGGGCGGUCGGGCGCGGCCCGAGGUGCGCUCCGUCGUGGACGUGCUGGCGGAUCACGCCGGAGAACUGGUGCGCACCGACAGCCCCAACUUCUUGUGCUCCGUGCUGCCAUCCCACUGGAGGUGCAACAAGACGCUGCCCGUCGCCUUCAAGGUCGUGGCGCUCGGAGACGUCCCCGACGGGACAGUGGUGACGGUGAUGGCGGGGAACGACGAGAACUACUCCGCGGAGCUCCGCAACGCCUCCGCCGUGAUGAAGAACCAAGUGGCGAGAUUUAACGACCUCCGAUUUGUUGGGAGAAGCGGCAGGGGAAAAAGCUUCACCCUGACGAUCACAGUGUUCACCAACCCCACCCAGGUCGCUACAUACCACCGAGCCAUUAAAGUCACCGUAGACGGACCCCGGGAGCCACGACGGCACAGACAAAAGCUAGAAGACCAAACCAAACCCUUCGCCGACCGCUACGGGGAGCUGGAGCGGCUGCGCCAGUCCAUGAGGGUCACCCCCACGACACCCAGCCCCCGCGGAUCCCUCAGCACCCCCAGCCACUUCGGGUCGCAGGCUCAGACUCCCAUCCAAGGCACGUCAGAGCUGAGCCCCUUCUCGGACCCACGGCAGUUCGACCGCUCCUUCCCCACGCUGCCAGCCCUCACCGAGACCAGGUUCUCCGACCCACGGAUGCAUUACCCCGGCGCCAUGUCAGCCGCCUUCCCCUACACCGCAACCCCCUCAGCCACGGGCAUCGGGGGCAUCAGCAUGACCAGCAUGCCCACCACCACGCGCUUCCAUCACACCUACCUGCCUCCCCCCUACCCCGGCUCCACGCAGAACCAGAGCGGACCCUUCCAGGCCAACCCCUCUCCCUACCACUUGUACUACGGCACGUCGUCGAGCUCCUACCAGUUCUCCAUGGUGGCGGGUGGCGAGCGCUCUCCCACCCGGAUGCUCUCUUCGUGUACAAGUGCCUCGGCAGGGAACAACUUAAUGAACCCCAACCUGGGCAGUCAGAAUGAUGGGGUGGAUGCGGACGGGAGCCACAGUAACUCGCCAACCACCAUGACAACUACUGGGAGGAUGGAUGAGUCGGUCUGGAGACCCUACUAGGAUGAGCGCUGCUGGGCGCCGAGAGCUUUAACCAGACCGGCCACCGUGACGUUACUCCUUGCGCAGCAAAAUGAGCCCUAGGUAAACCAAAAAAGUAAAACCUAAAGGUAAAAAAAGGUAAACCAAAGUCUCCCAAACCAAAAGCAAAGCAGGAGGAAUCCUCUACGUGCAAGAGCGGGCAAACAUCAAGCAAAGCUGGGCCGGGACCUACGUUACAUUUCAAGAUGAACGUCCACAAGGCUUGAAUUUGUCGCUUGAUGUGGCUCCUUUCCUAUGGUUUUAAUAUGUGGAUUGUACAUAGGGGAAAAAAAAAAAGAUGCGUGGAUUCAGGUGUUUGUUUACUGCCGAACACUUCUCGGUCAUCUCCCUUGCACCCUCAUCCCCACACAAAGCAUUCAGGAGUUAGGAAAAGCUCACCCUUCUGCAAAGAGCUCCAGAGCAAAGACCAGGACGUCGUCCAAGCCAUCUCUCUGCCGAAGCAGAAAGACCAAACUGUCAAAAAGACACAAAAAAAGGAAAAAAAAAAAAAAAGGAAAAAAAAAAAAAAAGAAGGAAAGAAACCUUUGUCUCCAGUCAUUCCCUCCCACCGGUGUCGGGCUCCUGCCCACCAAAGAGCUGCGGGGCCGCGCUCUGGUUUACAGCACAAGUUACAGCACGCGGAGGCUGCGCGUUCCUCGCGGGCCGGCCGGCAUCAGCCACGCGAACAGGAGCUGUGAUGGGGUUGGUAUUCUUCCUUGCUUGACGACAGAGGUUGUAUUCUUCAUUUCUGCACGCUGUCGUCGUCGUUCAAACAGUAACGUGGCUGAUCCCGCGCCCGGCGGACCCUCCCCGCUCCUGUAUGUUUACAUAUGAGAUGUUCUUUUUGUACAAGCUGCGUUUUGUUUUGUUUGCUCUUUCGCCCUGACCUCCCCGUUCAAUCUUUUGCUCCUCCUGGCGAAUCUCAGCGAUGGUGAUGAUGAUGAUGGUGGUGGUGGUGGUGGUGGUGUGUGAAGUGAAGGCGGUGCUGGGGGCAAUGCAAGACGUGUGAGGUGCACGUCCCAGCGCGUGAGCUGCCGUGGGGCUGGGAGCCUUUGGCUUCCAUGGGUCUCUGGGUCUUCCUUUGAUCCCCUCUGAGUGCCUACACAUGGUGGCAUAGCAGCAAAGCGUCCCACUUCUGCUGUGAUUCUUUCCUGUGUUUUCACCCGGAGCGGGUCAACACACGAUGACUUGUUUUUUAUUAAGAAACGACUCACACUUGUCAGCACGUGCUACAAGCUCCAGCUGAGAUUUGGAGGAAGGAGCACUUGGUGCUCGGCCCCUCUGACGGCAGGAAGGUGGUGAAGCAAUGCGAGCUGUCAUUCUGCAUCCCCUCCUUUCCCCAAGCUGAGCCGGAGCGCUGCUGUCAGCUCGGCAGCCGAAGGACCAGAGCUUGGAGGCACUGCAGAACCAAUGGGGGCUCAGCCAGAGCCCCAGAGCACCCCGUGGUUCUGUCCAUGCCCACCAGCGCUGGGUUGGUGGUUGGACGCGAUGACCUUGGAGGUCUCUUCCAACUUUAAAGAUUCUACGACCCACACUGUGCGCGAACGUAA